UGCCCACAGGUGACAGGAAACCAGUGUUUCAAGAGGGAACUUGAUCACAUCUCUAGAUAACACAGGUAUCCUAAACAAGUGUGCCAGUGCCUGCAGGCUUCGCGCUGCUGCCAGGAGCACAUAGUUUUCGGAUUGGUAAGAACGGCCAAAUGACGCUUCGUGAAAUAUAAAUGGAAGAAAGGCUCAGAGCGCGCAGUAAAAACCCUCCACCCUUCUGUCUAGGAGGACCAGAGAAAGAACUUCGGCAGCUGCAGGAUAUGGCUCUGAGGGUUCCCAUAGCAGUCUGCCUCCUGUUCAAAGCAAUGAAGGCAGCACUGAGUGAAGAAACCGAGGCCGUCCCUCCCAGUACGACGACGCAGCAGAGCGACUGGACACUUAACAUCACAGAAGCUGACUACAUAGAAGAACCUGUAGCUUUGAAGUUCUCCCAUCCCUGUCUGGAAGACCAUAAUAGUUACUGCAUUAACGGAGCAUGCGCAUUCCACCAUGAGCUGAAGAAAGCCAUCUGCAGAUGCUUUACUGGUUAUACGGGAGAACGGUGUGAGCAUUUGACCCUAACGUCAUAUGCUGUGGAUUCUUAUGAAAAGUACAUUGCGAUUGGGAUUGGUGUCGGAUUGCUAAUCAGCGCUUUCCUUGCUGUCUUCUAUUGCUAUGUAAGAAAAAGGUGUCUAAAUGUGAAAUCACCCUACAUCAUCUGCUCUGGAGGGAGACCAUUGUGAGACCUUAUAAGAUAUAGUCAUCAAGCCAUUUGUCAAAAGCAACAGGGACUCCCGUGGAGAUCUUUGGAUGAUACAAAAACGUGACAAACUGACUUGAAAAUAAUGGAGGUUGGGGUCGCGAUGCUGUAAUUGACACCUGGCUCUUAGCUUUGGUCAUCUUUGGGUGUCAUGGAAGCUCAGUGAAUGAACUGCAGUAACAGAAGCCAAGUUCCCUACCCUUCCUGGGGUUUGCUAUUGGGUGGUUGUUGCCACCACAGGAAGACUUGUUCCAUGCUUCUGACCAUCUCGGAUGUGAAUUUUUAUUUUAAUUGUCUUGACCACACAUCAAGUCAAAGUAAUGGCACUCCUGGGUUCUUCGGUACUCAACGUUAUGGGCACCUGUCUUGAUGGGCCUCAUCACAAACCGUCUGUUCUCAUGGGAUUUCAGGGGAUUUGGUAUCAACUUUUAGAUGAAAGCAAUGAAUGGCUCAGCUCCUCCAGUGAACCAAAAAUGCGUUAAACCUAAAUCCCUAGGAGCGGAGUGUCCAAGGCAAGCAUGAAUCAUACCCGGCUUGUGACCGUUUGCAAACUCCAUCUGUAGAGUUUAGAAAAAGCAGGUGAAUUCCUGAGGACUGAAAGUCACCUGGACAGCAAGUCCGGAGCGGGUAAACAACUGUUCCUAUAUGGAUUAUAGAGCCUGUGAUGGCUCAUCUGUCCCAGAUGCUUUUGGGCAUCAUCUCAGCCUUUCAUUGGAAGAUUCACACUUGGUAUCCAUCACUUGAACCGAAGUCCAAGAAUUCACCAAAUGAGUAAAAGCCUACAAUUGUUCCCAAAGCGGAAACUGAAAACUAGAUGUGGGAACAACAGCAUGGGAAAUGUAACCAUUUUUGACUGGUUAAUAGCGGAUUUGCACAUAAGUGAAAAAGAAACGAUCUUAGAAAUACUUAUUUGGGAAUCGGUAUACCUCUUUGGAAUUGUUUAGGCUACAUGAUCCAGUCUCGGGCAAGUCUCUUACUUUCCUUGUGCUUUGGUUCUAUUUUCCACAAGACCUAUGUAGUUCUAAAAUUGAACUAUAAUAGAAGAAAA